AUGAAGUUUAUGCCGAAUCGCGAUCUCGAUAUUGUCACGUCCUCCCUCAAUUUCACGACGCCCGACCUACAUGUUGUUGGUGGAUGUGAUUUGUAUACGACAAAGGCCGCAGGAGGGGACAAGAAAUUAUACAAAAGCAUCGAAAAUGGCCUCGAAGCGCAAUACAAGUCCAAUCUGCACUUCUCAAACUCGCUUUCCCCACCUCAAGCGCACAUGCUCGCUUCCAGCCUAAAUCUGAGUCGAAGCAGCCCGUUUGGAAAUCUAGGGAUGAUCAGCUCAAGGAGAACAUAUGCGUAUUUGAUAGCGACGCUGAACGCCAGCCAUCCAGACUAUGACUUCUCCCAUAUGCUGAGACCGACAGACUUCAAACGGGAGAAGAGCUUGCGCCAGGUUAUGAACACUCUGGACACAGCACUGUACAAUCUGCGGCCACGACCAUUGAACUCAUUCUUAAGUGUACCGGGACUGGCACCAGAAUCCGCAUGUCCUCCAUCAAGCCAGACACAUUGGGGUCCGGGAAUGUGGAGACUGAUUGACCAGCAAAUGAGCCUACGUGAUUGCAGUAUCUAUCGGUACGCUCCAGAAGACUUCGACCCAUUCGAGGAUGACGAUGAAGGGUCGAUCUGGUCAAUGAAUUACUUUUUCUUCAACAAACAGAGAAAGCGUGUCUGCUACCUCUAUUUGCGUGGAAUCAGCGUUCUGGCCGUGUCAACCAAUGAUGGCCUCAGGAAGCCAGUCAAGACGAAAAGAUUUGCCGACGAGGAAUCCGAUGGGUGGAUCACUCCCGACCUUGGUGCUCACAAAAGAGCAAGAUACUGGCUGGGAGAUCGAGACGAUAUUGAGGCUGCCGAAAACCAAGAUGUCGAGAUGCCGUUCAUUGAGAAGACGAUGACCGAGUCACCCCCGGACGGGCGAAUCGAUGAAGAACGAUUCCCACCGCCAGCACGGCCUGUUGUCGACGAGAAUGACAACUACAUUUUGAGUGACGAAGAGGUACGAAGUCUCAGAAGUAACAGCAAAAGUACGAUUAGAGGAGUGAGCGAAGAAGUUGUGGGCCCCUUGGAAGUCUGA